AUGUCGGGCAAGCGGAAGCGCGUGGUGCUGACCAUCAAGGACAAGCUGGACAUCAUCAAGAAGCUGGAGGACGGCGGCUCCUCCAAGCAGCUGGCGGGCGUCUACGGCAUCGGCGAGACCACCGUGCGCGACAUCCGCAAGAACAAGGAGAAGAUCAUCACGUACGCCAGCAGCUCCGACUCCACCAGCCUGCUGGCCAAGCGCAAGUCCAUGAAGCCGUCCAUGUACGAGGAGCUGGACCGCGCCAUGCUCGAGUGGUUCAACCAGCAGCGCGCGCGCGGCAACCCGGUCUCGGGCCCGCUGUGCGCCAAGCGCGCCGAGUUCUUCUUCUACGCGCUGGGCAUGGACGGCGACUUCAACCCCUCGGCCGGCUGGCUCACGCGCUUCAAGCAGCGCCACAGCAUCCGCGAGAUCGGCGUGCGCAUGCGGGAGUCCCUGCGCGCGCGGGGCCUGCCGGAGAAGGCGGUGCUGCUGCUGGACAACUCGCCCACGCACCCCAACGAGAACGUCCUGCGCUCGGACGACGGCCAGAUCUUCGCCAAGUACCUGCCGCCCAGCGUGGCCGCGCUGAUCCAGCCCUCGGACCAGGGCGUCGUGGCCGCCUUGAAGAGGAACUACCGCGUGGGCCUCCUGCGCAACAACCUGGAGGAGGGCAACGACCUGCGCGCCUUCUGGAAGCGGCUCACGCUGCUGGAUGCCCUCUACGAGGUCGCGGCGGCCUGGAGCCUGGUGAGGCCGGGGACCAUCAGCCGGGCGUGGAGGAAGAUCCUCCCCGUGCCGGAGGAGAAGGAGGGCCUGGACCCGGACCAGGAAGACGUCUCCGUGGCCACCGUGGCCGCCCUUCUGCAGCACACCAAGGGGCUGGAGCACGUGACCACGGAGGGCGUGGAAAAGUGGCUCGAGGUGGACAGCUCCGAGCCCGGCUACGAGGUGCUGACCGACAGCGAGAUCAUCCGAAGAGCCCAGGGCCAGACGGACGAGUCCAGCGGGGACGAGGACGAGGAGGUGGAGCUCAUUCCGGAGAGACACCUCAACCAUGCCGCUGCGCUCCGGUGGACUGAGAAUUUGCUGGAUUAUCUGGAGCAGCAAGGCGAUAUGAUCCUGCCCGAUAAGCUGGUCAUCCGGAAGCUUCGAGCCACCAUCAGGAAUAAGCAGAAGAUGACAAACUCGAGCCAGUAACGGCGCUUCGGUUUUGCCCGGUUCUGGCAGUUGUGACACGGGACCGCUUGGCGGUGCGGCUCCAUCCACUUGCUUUGU